GGGGUUUCCCAUUUAUGACCUGACACGUACAGCACGGACAGUACGCCAACGUUAUUCCCAAGCAUAGUUUCUUGGAAAUCUAUGGGCUAAAUAUAACUGGUAUGAUGUCAUGAAUGACGUCCCUUUCGUAUCAUUUAUAAAGCUUGGGUUGACUGAUGAGCAAACAUUUUGUCUCUUCUUCUGGAUCGUCAAGAACUAAAAAGUUUUAAUUGAAAAGCGAUUUAAAGGAAAGGACUUCAAAGAUGUGCUCUGAAACGUCAUGUGAUAGAAUAAAAACAAUCUUUUAUACCACCAUAACGAUUGUCGUCUUAGCAGCGGUGGUUUUUACGGCGCUGUUUUUCACGGGGAUCAUCCAAGCAAACAUAUGCAAACCUGAAAAGGAUGAUGGAGGUCGUGUGACGUGUAAGAACAACGAUACCAGUUCUCGCUGCAUUUGUGACGAAGGAUACACRAGUAAAGGAAAAUACUGUCAAGACAUCAACGAGUGCACAGCAAGCAAAAGAUCGAACUGCAGUGCCAACAGCCAUUGCGUCAACUCUGUUGGAUCAUACAGUUGUAAAUGUGGUGAAGGCUUCUCUGGUGAUGGGAGAAUACACUGCACAGAUAUAGAUGAAUGCAAGGCCGAUUCACAUGCAUAUGACUGCCAUAUUAAUGCUACCUGCACCAACAAGAACGGUUCUUACGACUGUACUUGUAAAAAAGGUUAUACCGGUGAUGGUAAAACUUGUUCUGAUAUCGACGAGUGCGCUGUUAGUCCACACACAUGCGGUGACCACUCGACGUGUAUUAACACUCUUGGUAGUUACUCAUGUCAGUGUGAUCCUGGAUACGAGAAUAAACAGGACGCCAAGUCUAGAUGUAUCAAUAUCGAUGAAUGUGGAGGAAAAAAACAUGGAUGUCACAUGAAUGCACAUUGUAUCGAUACACGAGGGUCUUAUCAUUGUCAGUGCCGUUCUGGUUUCACUGGAGAUGGAAAGACUUGCAAAGAUAUCGAUGAGUGUAGAUCAGGUGACUACUCUUGUCCUUCUCAUUCUGAUUGCACCAACAACCUUGGAAGCUACACAUGCAAGUGUAAUCAUGGCUAUCAUCUGAAUGGAAAGACCUGUAAACUAAAUGCUGGAGGAACAAACAAGGUUGCGAACCUGACCCUUGUACUCUUGUUGGUAGUGACUUUGAUUGAGCUGAGAUAUGUAUGUCGUACUAAGGAAUGUAAGAACAACCAGUCCAAACCGGAGGCGUGCCUUUGUGACGAAGGAUACACAAGAAAAGAAGAAAAAUGCCAAGACAUCAACGAAUGCACAAGCAACGGAUCGAACUGCAGUGCCAACAGCCAUUGCGUCAACUCUUGCGGAUCAUACAGUUGUAUUUGUGAUGAAGGUUACUCUGGUGAUGGAAGGAAACACUGCACAGAUAGAGAUGAAUGCAAGGCCGAUUCACAUGCAUAUGACUGCCAUAUUAAUGCUACCUGCACCAACAAGAACGGUUCUUACGACUGUACUUGUAAAACUAGUUUUACUGGUGAUGGAAAAACUUGUUCUGAUAUCGACAAGUGCGCUGUUAGUCCACACUUAUGCGGUAACCACUCCACGUGUAAUAACACUCUUGGUAGUUACUCAUGUAAACCAACAACUAAAGCUGGAGGAACAAACAAGGUUGCGAACCUGACCCUUGUACUCUUGUUGUUUACUUCCAAGAAAUUUCGAUUCAUCAGCAUUAUUAUUCAACCUCUGGCGUCGAACACGCAUCUCGAAGAAAACAAUCUAGAAAUUCUUUAUUAUCGUCGUUCUUCGAAAGAUUGUUUUCAUAUUUGGAUAAUAACUAAGGCUUCUGGAGAACAUUUUUGGAAAAACCUUUCGGAUAUCAACAAAAAUAGAAGCACGAUUCGUGAGCACGAUCAGCACAACAGAAUGACGAAAACCACCGACAACAUGGACCCAGUGAAGAAAGAGGUACUUGAGGUCACGAUUAAUACCAACGAAGAAGUUGUGCCAAACAGUCUGAGUGGAAAAUACUCAAGCAAGCGAAAGAAAAUAGCAGUUGGUUCGGUGAUCUUCCUAAUCAUACUUUCAGUAAUAGUCCUUGUACUGAGCCUUGGGAAGCGUUCAGGACCGCACGAACUAGCCACCCAUGUGAAGUGCCUGAAUGAGGACAUUGAGAAUAGAUGUGAAUGUCGUAAAGGAUUCAAAAGCAAAACCAAAUACUGUGAAGACAUCGAUGAAUGUGCAACAAACCAAGCCAACUGUCCAGCCAACAGCCGCUGUAUCAAUACUAUGGGCUCAUUCAACUGUUCCUGUUUGGAGGGCUUUGCCCAACAAGGCAAUGCUACUUGGUGUAGUGACGUGAACGAAUGUAUGUCAGACUCACAUAGAUGUCACGUGAAUGCCACGUGCUUCAACACCAAAGGUUCCUAUACCUGCACGUGCAAACCUGGUUUCCAUGGUAAUGGAGAAUCAUGUCAAGACGUGGACGAAUGUAGGGCGGGUGUUCAUAACUGUAGUAUGAAUGCAGUGUGCACCAACACUAUUGGCUCGUACCAGUGCGCUUGUAACAAAGGAUUUACCGGAAAUGGACGAAAUUGCACUGACAUUGAUGAAUGCAACCUUAACACCCAUAGCUGUGACGUCAAUGCACAGUGUACCAACACUAUUGGCUCAUACCAGUGCACUUGUAAAAAAGGUUUUACCGGAAAUGGAAGAAAUUGCACUGACAUUGAUGAAUGCAAGCUCCACACCCAUAGCUGUGACGUCAAUGCAGUGUGUACUAACAAUAUUGGCUCGUACCAGUGCGCUUGUAACAAAGGAUUUACCGGAGAUGGAAGGACUUGCACUGACAUUGAUGAAUGCAACCUUAACACCCAUAACUGUGACGUCAAUGCAGUGUGUACCAACACUAUUGGCUCGUACCAGUGCGCUUGCAACAAAGGUUUUACAGGAGAUGGAAGGACUUGCACUGACAUUGAUGAAUGCAACCUUAACACCCAUAGCUGUAACGUCAAUGCCGUUUGCACCAACAGUAUUGGCUCGUACCAAUGCGCUUGCAACAAAGGUUUUACUGGAGAUGGAAGAAAUUGCACUGACAUUGAUGAAUGUAAACUUAACACCCAUAGCUGUGGCGUCUAUGCCGUUUGCACCAAUACUAUUGGCUCAUACCAGUGCGCUUGUAAAAAAGGCUUUACUGGAGAUGGAAAAUCUUGUCAAAACAUAAACGAAUGCAGCACAAGAAUGCAUAAUUGCAACAGCAACGCAGUGUGCACCGACACUGUGGGAUCUUACCAAUGCACAUGUAAAGAUGGUUUCAGUGGUGAUGGAAGAACAUGCAAUGAUAUCGAUGAAUGCAAACUCAAAACACACAAUUGUGGCGACAACGCAGAUUGCAUCAACUCUAUUGGUUCCUUCAGAUGUUCAUGUAGUCAUGGUUACAGUGGGGAUGGCAAGCAUUGCGAGGAUAUAAAUGAGUGUGAAACUGAUUCAUUCUCAUGUCACCGUCACACUUAUUGUCAUAACACACCUGGUUCAUAUCGAUGUUCGUGUAACAAUGGUUUCCAGGGAGACGGAACAUACUGUAAAGAUAUUAAUGAAUGCUGGUUAAGCAAUGACUGUUCCAAACAUGCUGAUUGUACGAACAAUUAUGGCAGCUACACCUGCAAAUGUAAGAGUGGUUACCAUGGGAAUGGCAAGACCUGUAAUGCUGGAGCUGUGUUAUCCAUGGCAAUCUGGCUGACCAUCCUAAGUUUGUUGAUCAAUGCAGCUCUGUUAAUGUAGCCUCAAAAUAUCAAGAAUAAGAAGAGAACAGACUUCUCUGCAGGUUCCUACAUAGUGACCUUACGACUGCCGCCCAUGAGUCCUGCACACUUAGUUAUCAAUGUGUGUAGAGAGUUGUGAAGGAAGGUUAAUGAGUUAUGAUCCUAAUUUCGAUUAUCUAUUAUUAUUAUCUAUUAGAUUUAGACAGUUUGUAGUUUUUCUAGAAUGAAUGCAUAUAGUGUUCUUAUAGAUGUUUAAGAUGACAUUUUUAGCUAGAAAAAGAUCGUUAUGAAACCUUAUUUGUGCGGAUGCAUUGUAAAUAUUAUAACGAGUAAAUCAAUUACAUUUGGAGUCAUGACUGUUUCUAAGAUUUAAUUUUUUUUAUUUCAAGAUUUUUAAUUCCAUUAAUAUCAUUCUAUUUAUUCAAUCUUUUUAUAUAUUAGACUAAAAUAAUCAUUUGUAUUAAUUUCUAUUAAUCAUAAAAGCACUUUCUAGUCACAUGUCGUGACGAUAGAACACAUGCAUCUCUCCUUAACUCAGUACAGCUUUUAUAGGAUAAUUUAUAAACUUAGCAGACGUAAUCACUGGUCCUUUCAUCAUCUCAUGUUGCUAUGAGCGAUUAUUUAUAUGAAGGUUAUGCAAAUAUGCUAGUUUAAAACUUUAAGACCUAACCUCUUUUCGCUUUGUUGCACAUGAAACCUUAAAUAAUAAGGCCUUGGUUUACCAAUAGGUGUUAAUAAUUAUCAGUAUUUUAAUAUAUGUUUAUAUGGGUCAAAAAUAAUUUAGGCUAAAUACUAAACAAUAUAAAUAUACUAUUAUGUAAAACAAUGACACCAGAGUGACUGAAUGUGAUGCGGCACGAUUACAUUACAACGUAUGGUUAAGAAUAACUUAAAACCCAUGCAUGCUGAUUGGUUGACAGCACUUCAUUGGUUUGGAGGAUGUGGCAGUCAAUGCUGAUUGGUCAACCAGGCUGUUAGUCAUAUGUCUGAUUGGUCUAUUAGACUUAUGCCCAUUUGUUCUGAUUGGCUAAUGAUAUCUCCACAUGUAUCCUGAUUGGUCAAAGAUAAAACCAAUCACAAAACACAACCCUAUAUGCUGAUUGGCCAAUUAGAUGCCAACACUUAUUGUGAUUGGACAAACAGACAGGUCAUAAGCUUGCAGCUGAUUGGAUUAUCAGCUAUCUGCAUUCAUGCUGACUGUACAACCAAGUACAUUCCUUGAUGCUGAUUGGUUAACUAGAUAUCAACUUUGAUGCUGAUUGGUCAAUCAGAUUUCCAACAUGCUGAUUGGCCAAACAGAUAAAGUCUUCCUCAUUCCUGAAUGGCCAAUUAGAUUGAUGCCCACAUGAAUGCCGAUUGGUUGAUUUUGAUUAGUUAAGGCAAGAUGACACAGGUUGAUUUACAUGGAUGGAAGUGAAUAACCAGAUGAUACAACUUUACCGAUUGUCUCAACUUGAAAACCAAUAUCAUGAAGAUGAUGAUGAUUAAGAAUCAUCCGUCCAUCAAACGCAAAGGCAGGCUUCAGCAUGUUGUUAUAGAUAUGCUGGUAGUCAUACGUCUGUAAGCCAAUCAAAAUAAAGAGACAACAUAAAUAAUUUAUUACUCUUAGGUAAAUGCUAUACCCACCUCUGGGCACAGCUAACCUUACAGAUCAAAUUCUGAGAUCUAAGCUAUCUGAAGUUUUGGAUUUUGCAGAGGAAGGGAACCCAGAGAACCCAGAAAGAAAAUCUUAAAUAAAGGGAUAGACCUAACCAAGCUCUGCUAUCAUGUGACGCUGAGUCUAGGAAUCAAGCCUGAGAUCCCAGAGGAGAGAGUGAAGUGCAUUAAUACUGUGAAAUAAAAGUAACACCCUUAGCUUGA